CCCUGCGCUUUCCACGUCGCCUGCAAAUUCGGUUUCUCCGGCUCAUCGCCCCAUCUCCUGCUGCAUCCGCACGGCCAUUGACAGCCCGAUCGGCUCCGCUGCCUGGCUUGGUCUCUUCAGAGUCGCCUUGUCCACCUCUCCCCCAUCUCCCGCCUGCAUAUCCUGGCCCAGUCAUGAACAUCUACGUUGCUCUCUUUGUGGUGUCGGUCGGGGCCCUCUUUUGGAUGUACACUGGCUCGCCUGCAUCGGCCGCGGCCACUUUGGCCAGAGCGGACUCGAUUCCCGGCGGCGAGCCUGCGGGCCUCUCCAAGUCGGCCAAGAAACGGCUGAAGAAGAAGAAGCACGCCGAGGCCUCCAAGAGUGACGACCCCUCGCAGUCCCUGGACGAUGAGGAGCAAAGGCCAACCGAUCUAGCGACCCCGGCCCCAGUCCCGACCGCCGAAAAGCAGUCCAAAACCUCUUCCAAAUCAGCCCCAAAGCACUCUAAAGCCUCCGCAGAAUCCAAGGCCAAGUCCAAGCCCAACAAUGAGCCGGCAAUCGCUGCCGAUCAAUCGACUGACACAGAUACUGUUGCUGCCGUGAGCUCGACGCAGCAAACCAGCGCCCCUGUCAAGAAGCAGGCCAAGUCCCGCCAAGCUAACCGUCAAAAGCAUACGGCCCAGAUCGGCAGCUUCACGAGCCAGGACUUUCCUCCGCUUGCAGCCUCUGCGGCUGCUCCUGCGACCCAUCUGGAUGCCGCCCCACUCGCUUCUGCGAGCCAGCCUCAAUCCAAGCCCAGCUCGCUCACCGCUGCCGAGAUUGCCCUCCAGCAGAGCCGGAUCGACUAUGGCGAUGAGGAUCGCAAUCCCGACCAGGACGAUGUCAAGGUCGCCCGGGUCCUGCGUGUGCAGCCCGAAACACCCGUGAUGCCGCUCGAGGCCGAGGAUGGAUGGCAGAUCGUCGACGUGCAGCCGAGGAAACCCAACACCCUGAGAAUCAACCCUUCGACCUCAUCGGCUCCCCAAAGGCCCGCCGCACGAGCAGCCCCUGUCCAGGACGAAGCCCUUACCAAGAAGCAGCGCGAGAAUAAGCGCAAGGCCGAGCGGGUCAAGCUGCAGAAGGAUGCCCUCGGCCAGGUCCAGGACGACCGGCUCGCUGAGCAUCGUCGCGAGCAGGAGCGACUUGCCCUGCAGAAGCUCCGCGAUAGCGACAAGAAGCAGCAGCGGGAGCGGCAGUUCCAGCGCAAUUACGGAAGCAGCACCCCGGCGUCGUCCAGCAAGACCCCGGCCAACGAGUGGGCGUCGGCCAAGGACUCGCUGUGGGACUGAGCACGAUGCCAUCAUGAGGCACUCUGCGGGAGCGGCGGCGGCGGGCUUCUCGGACCCGCUCUUCGCUAAUGUUUCGACGGCGGCACCAGCCAAAGCAGCAUAUAUGAAUAGACCUGGAUGUGUUUGCUAUUUGCCGCAUGCUCGACCAUGCGUUCUCAUUGAAA